CAGAUCGCAAACUACGCUUGUUAGACUACGAAAAUGGCAGAGAGCAGUAGAAACCUCGCAAGUCCAAGAUGGUCCCUCGCCGGAACGACUGCCCUUGUCACCGGCGGCACUCGUGGAAUUGGGUACGCAGUGGUGGGGGAGCUAGCGGCUCUUGGCGCGUACGUGUUCACCUGUUCUCGGAAGGCAGAAGAACUCGAGAGUUGCUUAAAGGAAUGGUCGGGUAAGGGGUUUAAGGUCACUGGGAUUGUCUGCGAUGUUUCGGUUAAAUCCGAGAGAGAAAAGCUAAUGGAGCAAGUGGGUGUUUCUUUCACUGGAAGGCUCAACAUAUUUGUAAACAAUGUUGGGACAAACAUAAGGAAACCAACAACUGAGUACACGUUUGAAGAUUAUUCGAAACUAAUGAAUACGAAUUUGGAUUCGACAUACCAUCUAUGCCAGCUUUCGCAUCCGCUUUUGAAAGCAUCUGGAGCAGGGAGCGUUGUGUUCAUAUCUUCUGUGGCUGGUAUGGUGAGUAUUGGUUCCGGGACCAUUUAUGCAGCAAGUAAAGCUGCGAUUAAUCAGCUUACGAAAAAUCUGGCUUGUGAAUGGGCGAAAGACAAUAUCAGGAGCAACGCUGUUGCUCCUUGGUACACCAGAACCUCACUUGUGGAACAAAUGCUGGAGGACAAAAAGUUUGUGGAAGAAGUAACCUCGCGUACUCCUCUCAAUCGUGUUGCAGAACCGGAGGAAGUCUCAUCGUUGGUGGCAUUCCUCUGCCUACCGGCCGCUUCAUACAUCACUGGACAAAUCAUAUCUGUUGACGGAGGCAUGACUGCUAACGGUUUUUCCCCCACUAGGAUACCAAAAUGAGAAUCUUUCUUUGGUUUACAAACUUGCAUUCCUCAAUUUGUUUGUUCUGUUGAUCAUGAGCAUAAAACAAUAACACACCCAAGACAUUUCAUUUUCUGAAUCUACUUGGAAUUCCAUACCA